GCCCGGCCCCUCGGAGCUGGAGAUGCUGCUUCUGUCCCUGCUGCUGCCCGCGCUGGGGGCGGGCUCCGUGCAGAAGGAUCCAGGUUCCGACCUUCACGUGCCCAAGUCCGUUUCGGUGCAGAGAGGCCUGUGCGUGCUCGUGCCCUGCACCUUCUCCUGCCCCCGCGGUGGCUGCGACGACUCUAGCCCAGCUUACGGCUCCUGGUUCAAAGGAAGGCCCGGCUCAAAGGCCGCUGCUCUAGUGGCCACAAACAACCCCAGCCGAGAGGUGCCAAUGCGGGCACAGGGCCGCUUCCAGCUCCGUGGGGACCCCCAGAGCCAGAGCUGCGCGCUGGUGGUCAGGGACGCCCGGUCGGCGGACGCGGGAAGAUACUUCUUUCGGGUGGAGAGAGGAAGCGGCGUGAAUUACACGUUCGGGAACCGGAAGGCGUUCUCUCUGGAAGUGACAGCCCUGACUCAGGAGCCGGAUGUCUACGUCCCGGAGACCCUGGAGCCCGGGCGGCCGGCGACAGUCAUCUGUGUGUUUGACGGGAACUUCGAGGAAUGUCCGGCCCCCUCUUUCUCCUGGGCGGGGGCCGCCCUCUCCUCCCGAGGAACCGGGCCCACCACCUCCCACUUCUCCGUGCUGAGCCUCACGCCGAGACCUCAGGACCACGACACCAACCUCACCUGCCGAGUGACCUUCGCCGGAAGCGGCGUGAGCGCACGGAGGACCGUCCGGCUCGGCGUGGCCCACGCCCCCAGAGACCUGGCUGUCAGCAUUUCCUGGGACAACGGGCCAGCCCUGCAGCCCCAGGACACCGUCCCACGUGUGCAAGCCCAGAAAGGCCAGUCCCUGCGGCUCCUCUGUGCUGCUGACAGCCAGCCCCCUGCCACGCUGAGCUGGGCCCUGGGGGACAGAGUCUUGUCUUGGUCCUCCCCCUGGGGCCCCAGAGCCCUGGCGCUGGAGCUGCCCGGGGUGAGGGCUGGGGACUCAGGGCACUACACCUGCCAAGCGGAGAACAGGCUUGGCUCCCAGCACCGCAGCCUAGAGCUCUCUGUGCAGUAUCCUCCAGAGAACCUGACAGUGCUGGUUUCCCAAGCAAACAGGACAGUCCUGGAAACCCUCAGGAAUGACACGUCCCUCCUGGUCCUGGAGGGCCAAAGCCUGCGCCUGGUCUGCGUCACCCUCAGCAACCCCCCAGCCACGCUGAGCUGGGCCCGGGGGAGCCAGACCCUGAGCCCGUCCCAGCCCUCAGACCCUGGGGUCCUGGAGCUGCCUCGGGUCCAAAUGGAGCACGAAGGGGAAUUCACCUGCCACGCCCAGCACCCCCUGGGCUCCCGGCAUCUCUCUCUGAGCCUCUCUGUGCAUGGUGAACCCCUGGAGCUGCUGGGCCCCUCCUGCUCCUGGGAGGCCGAGGGGCUGCGCUGCAGCUGCUGCUCCCGAGCCCAGCCGGCCCCCUCCCUGCGCUGCCGGCUUGGGGUGGGGCUGUGGGAGGGGAAUGGCAGCCGGGGCCCCUUCACGGCCACCCCCAGCUCAGCCGGGCCCUGGGCCAACAGCUCCCUGAGCCUCCGAGGGGGGAUCAGCUCUGGCCUCAGGCUCAGCUGUGAGGCCCAGAAUGCCCACCGGACCGGGAGCGGCAGCGUCUUGCUGCUCCCAGGUCAGGGCCCCGUGGGCUGA